UUUGUUUCUUUGAUACACAGGGAAUUAGACGUUUAGUUUUAUCUUCUGCAAAUCAAAACAGUGUCACCAGUGCAAAUCUGCCAAGAUGCUGAAGAGAUCUGUUAAAAAAUGGGUAUCCAGCGGAGUGUGGUUCAUCAUAAUUCUUAUCCUGUUUUUCUUCCUGGUAGGUCGGUUCGAACAUCAGCCAAAGCUAACUCGUUUAGAGGCAAAACAUUCUGAUAUUUUGAGGAAAAGCUCACUAAUUGGAUACACGAAUUACACUAUCGAACGACUGGGUUUAAAGCCCAUACCAUUUGUCUCCCCACUUGAGCCAAAUAGUAAAGAACAAGUUAUCAACGAUGUUCUUUCGUUUGUUUAUCCUAUUGAUAUUAAUCUCAAUGGGAAAUUCAAAUGUCGUCACUGGGACGCUCGAUCUACGAAUACAGAAGACUAUAACAAAACUUUGCUAAUUGUGGUGAUUUCGGCUGCAGAACAUUCGGCCAAAAGAGACUUGAUCCGAAGAACGUGGGCUAGCCCAAGUGUACUAAAUGUGGACUGGAUACAAGUGAUUUUUCUGGUAGGAUCAACUCGUGACGAGAAUAAAGUUACAACGGAGCAGUUGAAGAAGGAAAAUGCCCAGCAUGAAGAUUUGGUGCAAGUGAACGUUGUUGACACUUACGCAAAUUUGACGUUAAAGAGUGUAGCCAUGCUACAUUGGACGCAUAGUCACUGUCCGGGUGCUGAACUGGUCCUCAAGUGCGAUGAUGACAAUUACAUCAACUGGAACGUUUUCAUGAAAAUUCUUCCAGCUAUCAACGCCACUAGAAGCAUUUAUGGCACUCCAGUGCCUACUCUAUUUGCUGAGAGAUGGAAAAGUCAGAAACAUUACGUUAGCCGGCUAGUAUGGCCUUGGCCCCGUUAUCCUAGUUAUCUCAUGGGCGGCUGUUAUGCUAUAUCCGGUCAAUCCAUCACACCUCUUCUAGGAGCCACUCAGACAACGCCGUUCUUCUGGAUCGAAGAUAUUUAUUUAACCGGCUUGUGCGCUAGCAAAGCAAACGUUACUCUACAAACCCACCCAAAAUACUACCAUCCAGAUAUCCCAGAGAAAGGUCAAUUAAAUUCUUGCUUUGUGCGGAAGACAGCUAUCUGGCAGACCCGGUCUUCAAAACAAUUGGCAAUAUCCCACAAAGUUACCAGUAACGUCUACCGUAAUCAGCUUCCUUGCAUCCCAAAAAGCAAGAUCCCUCCCAAAUGUGUUUUUGGAAUAUUUUGCUGAUAUGCUAACGCGGUUUCGGUUUCGUUAAAAGAGCGCUUCAGAAGAAGCUGUGUUAUAAAUU